AAUGGGCCUGUCCUGCACAAGUAGUGGUAGAGGAGCGCAGCUAUGUAUGGUAUCCACACGCCCCACCAGUACCUCACAGGCCCGGCAGUGCUCCUCUUUCAUGUCUGUGUCUGCAGAGAGAAGGCGUGAAGGAGAGAUCACAGGGGGAGAAACAGUUGCCAGUUCUUGAAGAUGUUUGAAGAACUUGGAUUCGUCUGCACAGCUUGGGAUGCUUGAGAACUGCGAUUGACGGACCAACUUUUACCUCCUAAACUUACUGUAGCUUUUCCUACGUUUCCCUAUCCACAGGGCUUGGGUGACCUUUUCGAUUUGGCAGUUUUUAUACUGUGAAUCUAAAACCAAACUCCACCAGACUUUCUGGGGUGUGUGGUUGCUCUGGACCAUGCUCUCCCUCUGCUUGUUCUUGCUCCCUUGCCUGAGCCUCGUGCCUUUGGCCCCGGCUGCAAAGGGCCUUGAGUUCCCACAGUAUGACGGGAAAGACCGUGUCCUAGACAUCAAUGACAAGAAUUACAAGAAAGCCUUGAAGAAGCACACCAUGGUAUGCAUGUUCUACCACGGGCCCAUAUCAGAGAGCAAGGAGCUGCAAAAACAACACAAGAUGACUGAGUUGGUGCUGGAGCUUGCAGCUCAGGUUAUGGAGGAGAAGGACAUUGGGUUUGGAAUGGUUGACUCCCACAAAGAUGCAAAAGUGGCAAAGAAACUAGGCCUGGAGGAGGAGGGCAGCGUGUAUGUUUUUAAGGCCGAUCGGGUGAUUGAGUUUGACGGCUUGCUCUCGGCAAACAUUCUGGUGGAGUUCUUGUUGGAUCUGUUGGAGGAGCCCGUGGAGGUGAUAGAUAAUGCUCUGGAGCUGAGAGCCUUUGAUAGGAUGGAGGAAGACAUCCGCCUCAUUGGUUUCUUCAAGAGCGAGGACUCUGAGCACUAUGAAGCAUUUAAAGAAGCUGCAGAGCAGUUCCAGCCCUACAUCAAGUUCUUUGCCACAUUUGAGAAAUCUGUGGCCAAGGAGCUAACCCUAAAGCUGAAUGGGGUGGAUUUCUAUGAACCCUUCAUGGAGGAGCCAGUCACCAUCCCGGGGAAGCCUCACUCUGAGGAGGAUCUGGUGAAAUUCAUCACCGAACACAGACGACCAACUCUGAGAAAGCUGCGUGCAGAAGAUAUGUUUGAGACCUGGGAGGAUGACAUUAAGGGCAUCCACAUCGUGGCUUUUGCAGAGGAAGAAGACCCUGAUGGUUUUGAGUUCUUGGACAUCCUGAAGGAAGUUGCAAGAGACAACACCCACCUACCUGAGCUCAGCAUCGUCUGGAUUGACCCUGAUGACUUUCCCCUGCUGAUCCCCUACUGGGAGAAGACCUUCAAGGUGGACCUGUUCCGACCACAGAUUGGAGUUAUCAACGUUACAGAUGCCGACAGCGUGUGGAUGGAGAUGGAUGACGAGGAGGAUCUGCCCACUGCACAGGAGCUGGAGGACUGGAUCGAGGAUGCCCUCUCUGGCAAAGUCAACACUGAGGAUGAUGAUGACGACGACGACGACGACGACGACGAUGAAGAUGACGACGAAGAUAGCGAUGAAGAGGAGGAUGACGAUGAUGAUGACGAUGAUGACGAUGACGAUGACGAUGACGAUGAUGAUGAUGAUGACGAUGACGAUGACGAUGAUGAUGAUGAGUAAUCCAUAGCUUAAUCCUAGUAAAUGUUGACUUUUCUGUUUUUUUUCUUCAGGAUUAAAGUUUAACAUGAAUCGCAGACAAACGACUGUACUGUACACAAUACAAACAAUAUAAUUAUUUAUAAUGAUAGUAAUAAUAAUAAUAAUGAUAAUAAUAAUAAUACAUCUAUUUAAUAUCCAAAAAUGUUUGAUGAAAAAAGAUGAAAAAAGAUUUUUCAACGAUGUAAAUAAGCCUGGAAUGAGUUUUGUAUACUGGAUGUAUACCAGACCAGACAUUACCUCACAUUACACAUGAAAAUCACUAAUUCAUCUAUAAAUAACUGCUAAUAAUAAAGGCCUGUCGA